AUGAAUGAUCCAUUGGAAUGGUACUAUGAGAUUCCUAUCGUCUCACGAUUAUACCUGACAGGCUCUUUUCUUACGACUGCGGCUUGUGCACUCGAACUUGUCUCACCAUUUUCACUCUAUUUCAACUUUAACCUUAUUUUUUUUAAAGGACAAGUAUGGAGAUUAGUCACCAACUUUAUGUUCUUUGGACUUUUCAGUCUAGAUUUUCUCUUUCACAUGUACUUCGUUGUCCGCUAUUGCAGAUUAUUAGAAGAAGGGUCUUUUCGUGGUCGAACGGCGGAUUUUGUCUACAUGCUACUACUUGGAGCUCUUGCAAUGAUUUUAGUCGCACCGUUUGUGAGCAUUCACUUUCUUGGCUCGUCGCUGACAUUUAUGAUGGUGUAUCUAUGGGGUCGACGUAAUGAACACGUGCGAAUGAGUUUUCUUGGAUUUGCAACAACAGAUUUGAUUGGCAUUAUUGUUGGACAUGGAUAUUAUUUCUUGGAAGAUGUGUACCCUACAAUUGCCAACAUUCGAGGCUGGAAAACCCAGCGACCGCUUGCAACCCCACGUCUCAUCUGCUACUUGUUUGAUCCACGCCCUGUUGUCGUGGCCGGUGAGCAAGUGAUCAAUCACUUUGGUGCAAACGGCAACGAUCACCUGCACAUGGAGUAA